CAGCGUGACGCUGUUCUUCUGCUUCAGAGCCCAGAUGGAUCCUAACAGAAUUACAGAAGAAGACACACACUGUCUGAGAACACUCUUUAACCUUCAAGAGAGCACAGAUUUACAAGAGUCAGCAGUGGAAAAUCAGGAAGCAAAAUUAAUGUCCGAAUCAUGCAGGAGAAUGAAGCAGGUUAUUCAAGGAGCUAUGCAAAAGGAGGCACAGCGCAUUAUUACUGAAAGAGAGCCUCCAAGAUCAGGAAAAGCUAUAAUGGGAACAUCAUGGUUUGAUCUGUCCAAUAGAAACAAACCUGAGAAACAGCCCUUUGCACAUCUCAUUAUUGAUGAUAAAAAUAUUCCAGCUGGAACACGCAAAGUGAACCUUACAUCCUGGCAUCAUGACAAAGGCCAGGCAAUCUUAUCGAAUAUGACCUUCCGUGAUGGAAAACUAAUAGUCAACCAAGAUGGGUUUUACUACUUGUAUGCCAACAUUUGUUUUAGACACCAUGAAACUUCAGGAAACCCAAUUAAAAGAGGACUUCAGCUGAUGGUGUACAUGAUUAAAACAAACCUUAAAAUCAAACGCUCUGAUGUCCUGAUGAAGGGAGGAAGCACCAAAUAUUGGUCAGAAAAUUUGGAAUUUCAUUUUUAUUCUGUAAACAUAGGAGGAUUUUUUAAACUGAAGUCUGGAGAAGUAAUAAGUAUCCAGGUAUCAAAUCCAUCAUUACUGGAUUCAUCUCAAGAAGCAACUUACUUUGGGGCAUUUAAAGUAAGGGAUCUAGAUUGAGUCUCAAUAUUUUUCAAUUGACAUGUAUUUUUAAGGACUUUUUUAAAGUUUAGCAGUUUAUAUAGCUGGAUCAGAGACCACUAGGAGAGAUGAGUGAAGACAUUUUGGGGCCCAGUUGCAUCUGUAUAACUAAGAAUAUCACUCUUCAGGGUGAAUUUUGCCCUAGACUUCAUAGGGAGUCUCUCAGAAAUAUGAAGGCAGAAUGACAUAAUGGGCCUAGUUCUGAUCUUACAUCAGUUUCAUACCUGUGUAACUCCACUGGCACCACUGACUUUUACACUGACAUAAUUGAAAUCCAAAUCUAGCCUGAUGUUCUUAUGUCUUUGAACUGCUAGUUCUAAAUUCAGUUCUGAUAUGCCAUUACCCUAUUGACUUCAGUGUAAAUAUAGGCCACAUUCUGCCUGUCCUAUAUAAUUCCUUUGGGGCCCAGUCUUGCCCGUCCUAUAUAAUUCCUUUGGGGCCCAAUCUUGCAAGUUGCUGAAUGCUCUGACCCUGAUCUAGCAAAGUAACUGUUUGUAGUAAACUUAAGUAUUUGCAUAGCCCCACUUACUUAAAUGGGCCUAGUUACAUACUUAAGUGAAGCAUGUGCUUGCUUAUUUUGCUGAAUUGAGGCGAGAGUGGUCAGUCCUUGCAGAAGUGACCCCUAGUUCAGAAGGGCUUGUAGGGGAUCUGAUCUGACUUACAAUUAGUUUACUUGCUGUUAUAGAAGACCAAGUCUGAUUAUCAUUGCACCUCCAGUUACAUAUGAAGAAAUCUGAAGAGUUAAAUUCCUUUGACCUGUUACAUUGUGCCAGAGCCUGCAAAUACUUUUUUAAGAGGCAAAAUAUGUAUGUUUAUAGUCUGUGUAAUAUUUAAAGUUAUAUUUCAGAUGUAAUGUUUUGAGCAAAAAAUUGUAAAUUGUUUGUUUUAUAGUAUUUGAUACAGAAUAUUUAAAACCUCUUGCUGUGUAUAUAUUUAAUGGUUUUUAGCUGUUUUUAAUGUACAGUCAUGUUUAACUGGUGCACUUUGUUAAUCCCAAUGGGAAAAAUUGCAGCUAAAAUUAUUUGCAAUUAGCAAAUAUAAUAUAUUAUUUCUUUGUAAUUUAAUACAUUUUUGUUAAACUUGUCAGUAUUAUAGAAGCAUCAAACUGUCCUAAUUAGACCAGAAUGUUGAUCACCAGCUCUUCCAAACCUGCAAGCUAACUGACAUUACAAAGCUGACAUUACUAAAAAGAGUACAUAGUGGGAGACAGAAAUCUGCCAAGUGUAUUUAUGUAAUUACCGAAGUCAUCUUUUCCUACAGCAAAUUGUAAAUCCUGAAGUAGAAUUUUUUUGUAAAAUACCAAACACAAUGUUACACUUCCUCAGAGGCUAAUUUACCAAAGAAACCAAACUGAAUUCAGGAGCAGUUAUUUUACA